AGUCGGUCACCGAGGAGAAGCUACGGAGUGGAGCGGGGACUGGAUUCACCUAAACUGAGCUUGUGUCAUGUGGAUAAGUAACCUAUCAACGAUGAGGGCGCUACUCCUCAUCGACGUCAUUUUCGUCGUCCUGGCCGGGCCAAUCAGCGCCUGGCAGAAGAUCUGCGGGGAGCAGCUAGUGGAGACUGUGUCUGUGGUCUGCAGCACGAGGGGGUUCUACAGUCAUCGGGUGGAGAAACGAGAAGCCGAGCUGUUUCAGGACGAACGCACCGCAAAGAGCUUCCUGAGCUCCCACAUCGGCUCCAGACAGCGGAGACGGACCGGCCGCAUCGCCACGGAGUGCUGCGAGAAAGUCUGCAGCUUCGACAUCGUGGAGAGCUACUGCAACCCCUGGCCGGUGGUGGAGGACCGGGACGACCCGAUGCUGCUGGCCCCGGUCGCCCCGGGGAGGGUCCGGCAGGACAAGUCGGCCGACGCAGACGAGCUGCUGCUGAUGCAAGAGGCGGCCGCCGGCGAGCAGUUCGCCGAGGAGAACUCGCUGCUCCGGCAGGAGGAAGAACUCAUCGACGCCCUGGAGACGCUGGAAAACAAGAACGCUGAGGGGGAAAACGUGGUGCUACAACAACCCGAGGAGUUCGAGGAAGUCGAGGAGAUGACGGAGCCGGAGACAGAAAGGGAGGAAUUGGAGGAAGAGUUUCCCUUUCCGGAGGUGAUCCCGACCAAGAAGAGGAGGCGGGUUGAGGGUCGGAGAUCCAGGGAGAACAGCAGGGACAGGAGUGGGAAGUCCGAGGGUAGGAGCAGGAAGAAGAGUGGCAGCAGGGAAGGGGAUCGAUCGUCCCGCCGGCGAGGGAAGAGCUCCAGGAGGAAGAAGGGGAGAGAUGGACGCGAGAGGAGCAAGCGAUGGGAGGGCUUGGUGACAUCUCACCCACCAACAAAAGAAAUAGUUGACGCCCUGAGAAGUGCCUUGCGUGCGGCCGGCAGGACGCCCUCCCUCUUCGCCCCAGCAAAUAACUUCCUCCUCGACGAGCAACGCAGCCCACAGGCCACGCCGACGGGACUUCAGCACCGGUCGGCGCUAGACUUGUCAUCAGGCAAAGCUGGCCGCAGUUACCGGGUGACCCAGAAGGACAACCAGUCGACGCUAGAGGCGCUAUACAACCUAGCCGUGCGACUGUCCAGGCCAAGAAGAGGUUGACAGAAAUGUUUUUAAAAAAGGUUGACAUUUUAGAACUGGAUUUAAAUCACAGCGCCCUCUUUUGUUGAAUGGGCGAUGGGGCUCCGACCACGUUGUUCCUUCUUUGUUUCCAGAUGUGAUCUAUGUUGAUGUCGAAUUGAUUCAGCUGAUUAAUGCUAAUUAUAAACUUGUCCUGUUUGCAAGCUAACUUCACAAUUUUCAGUGUCAUACAUAUUCAUUUUGGGGUCAUUAGGUCAGAUGUCAUCAGAUUUUACAUUUAUAGUUAAUACAUGGUAUCCCUCAGUCACUAGGCGGUCACAAAGGAGAAUCUCUUGCGGUUUAGUUGAGCGCCAAAAAAAACCCCAAACAAACAAACACACUAAAAUUACGACAUAAAAUGCUGCAAACCAAAUGGUGACCUUUGCCCUUUUUGUUGACAUGCGCACUGAUGUACAUUUUACAUUUUUCAAGCUGAGCACGAAUUUCCAAAGUCCGUCCAAGCUUCUCUAUAGAUGCGGUUAUUGUGCCUGUUCUCUGGAGGGUUAUAAGCGAGAAGUAUAAUGCUGAGAUAUACAGACGUGCAUGCAUCCUAUACAAUAUUUGUUUUGGUUUUUACUCUGCAAAGUUAAACAGAAACUUAAAUGCAGAUUUUAUCUUCUGUGAAUUGAUAUUUCACUAACAGGUAUUCGAAGUGCCUAUCCGAAAUACGAUGGCGCCAUUAUGUUAGAAAAAAAGUGAAUCAAUAUCAGGAAAAUGUGUCAUUUCCUUCGUGGCCAUUUUCGCAUGACGGAAUUAACCACUGGUGGCGCUCUUUGUGAUGACACUUGUCGACCGUGUGCUGCAAUAAUGGAAAACACCAAAACGGUGGAUAGUGAUGCUGAUGCCCCUAUUUAAAAGCAUUUAACUUAGCUGCAUGUUGCUUUGUAAGACAAUCUUUAUGUUUAUAACUAUUAUGAGCAUUGCGAAACAUUUUUUCUGUGCAAUACUAUGUGGUACUCUUAAAACACUGUGUUUAUAACCAUUUAUUUUAUUAUUGAAUGGAUUAGUUCGUUUAUGAAUUAAGUACAGAAUUUACGGCUUCACGUAGUGCAUAGCAGAAAAUAAAUUGAACUUAAUGUUGGUAGAAAUAGUAAGAGAAUACAUGUAAAAAUAAGCAUAGAUUAAUAUAUCGUAAAUAAUUAUAUAUUUUUAUGAUUAUGAUUAUUGUAAAAGUGAUGUUUGUUGUGUCGUCGUACUUCAGUUGUGAUUUUGAUGUUCGAAUUGUGAAUCCGAAAAUAAAUAUGACUGAAACUAGCUGCAUGAUCAAUAUAUAACGGUUUUUAAAACAAGAAAGUGUAUAUUUUCGAGAGAAACUGAAUCUUGUAGCCCUGCCAACCGUGGCAGGAGGUUCAAUGUUAAAGCUAAUUAGCAAAAGAUGUGACGUCGUAUCACUGAAAUUUUUGACGAACGCCAAUUACUCAAUUUGUUUUGCAAAAUUACAUUAUCUGCUUGGUAUCCUGCCCUUUAGGAUGCGGCGCGCGCACACACAGUGUGGACAUUUGACCAGCCGUUGCACUCUCUGUACUGUAUGGAAGAUUGAAAUCCUGACGGUCGAGUACCCAUCGUCCGCCCACUUACUUCCGUGUAGACAAAGGAGAGGUUGUCAGACUAAACCCCUUGCUUCUGACGUCACAACAGUGAUUAAACCUGCCCUAUGUUUAUGUGAAGGGGGCUCACCAAGUGCUUCAAUUAACAUUUUGCGCAUGCGCAAUCCCUACUUGCGCGUGUUUUCAAUACGCAACGUUCCUAAACCAUGGCCUAAAUUCCGAAGAUCUUGGAAAAAUCCCAAAUGUGGCCACGCUGAUCAUUAGCUUAAUUGACUUGAAAGGGGAGUUUAGGGUUUGGAUGGCAAUUAUAACACUUAAUCAAAGUUGAAUGUUUUCUCAUCUUCUGGGACUGAAAAUCUUUUCAGGAACAGAAAUCUAACAGCAGUUGACAUCAAUGUGGCAUGCAACGUGAUCAAAACGUAAGGUUCAACCAAGUCCCAGACGUGGUUGUCCAAACAACAUAAACCCACUACUAUCUCAAAGAGAGAUAUAUCAAUAUAGGCAAUUAUUUGGCAAAAUGGAAAUACUCCAUUUCAGCCAAGGCUAAAUUUUAGUGUGUAAAUUGUUACUUGUUUACUCUUAAUAAAAUUGACCUAUGUACUUUUUGUCGUAUAAUGUUGUUUGAAUUAUAACUGCAUAAUAAAUAUUUCUGCAAAUAUUCCAA